CUUACUAUGAACUAAGCAGAUUCCGCAAGCGGACGACAAAGGUGCAGAACUGCGCAAUUCUUCAAGUUCUUGUCAUAAAAUAUAAGUUGCUUGCACCAUCAUACAAAGAUUUGCCCAAGCCUAUAUUAUGGAUUCCAAAUCAGAUUUAAGCUUACGACAGAUAUUCUGGGUAGAAUUUAUUGAGUUAUACAAAUCGAAGCCGGUGCUCUGGAAAUAUGGAAGCGAGAUUUACAAGGAUCGGAGAGGGAAAAAACGUGCCUAUAUGGAGUUGGUGGAAAAAAUGCGGGAGGUCGAUCCCAAUGCUGAUAUUGACCGAGUGAAAAAGAAAAUCAACAGUUUCCGUUCAUGUUACAGACGGAAACUCUCUAUUGCACAAGAACAAAUCAAUCUUGGGUUAGAGCCGGAAAUUAAAUGGGUGUAUUUCAGAUAUUUUAAUUUCUUACGUGAAAUCAAAUGUACCGUAGAUAGUGAGAACGACUGGAGUUGCGGUGACGAUAGCAGAUUUGAUCAAGAUCAUUUACAGAACAUCGAUACAGAUGAGGAAAACGCCGCUAUGGAGCACGAUUCUUAUGAAAGGGAGGCAACAAGAAGUUUUAAUUCAAUUUCUAGCGAUCAUGAUGAGUCGCUGAAUGAGACGUAUAAAACAAAAAAUGAAAAGAAUGAUUUCGAUGAAAGAGUUGCAUUGAAUUCUGAAGAGGAACAAACAUUUUGGAUAGAAUUUAUUCAACUCUAUGAAUCAAAACCAGAAUUAUGGAAACGCAACAGCGAUGUCUAUAAAGAUCGUGAUGCGAAGAAAUUUGCUUAUGUUGAAUUGGUUGAAAAGAUGCAAGAGGUUUAUCCGAAUGCCGAUGCUGAAUUGGUAAAGAGAAAAAUCAACAUUUUACGCUCAUCCUACCGCAAGAUGUUGAAUAAAAUUAAAAGAGACAUCAGCUUCGGUAGAAAACCCGUUAAUAACUGGGUGUACUUCAAAUAUUUUUCGUUUUUAAGUGAGUGCAAAGAUCCAUUAGAAGACUACAACAUCGGGGAUGACUAUGAUAAUAGCUAUGGUGCGCUUGAAAAUGUUUCUGACACCAAAUCCCAGGUUGAUUCUGACGUAGAGGAGUUGGGCACAUUUCUGGAGUUUCCGACUAAAAGGUAUCAGGAAAACACAUCACCUGUUCCGACAAUAUCCUACAACGAAUUAAAUCAUUCUGGUCAUGAAGCGACUAUGGAGUUCUCUGUUAAUCCAACAGCGAAUCAUAAAUUCUGGAUAGAAUUCAUCAAACUCUACCAAUCGAAACCUGAACUAUGGAAAUGUGAUAGCGAAAUUUAUAAAAAUCGCAAAGCAAAAAAGAGUGCAUAUGAAGUUUUAGCACAAAAAAUGCGUGAAGUUUAUCCCAAUGCUGAUGCGGAUAUGGUGAGGAAGAAAAUCAACAGUUUACGUUCGACGUAUAGAAAAACUUUGCGCAAGUCGAAGAGGGGAAUUAGGCUUGGGAAGAAACCUAUUUAUAAAUGGGUCUAUCUCGAUCAUUUUGCUUUCUUGAAAAACUCCAACAAUUCACAAGAAAAUGAAGAUGAGGAUAAUGAAUACGAUCAACUAUCAGAUAUCUCGGAUAGUAGCGAACAUAAUUUUGUAGUUGAUGAUAUGGGGGAUAUGGAAGUGGAGUAUUUGCCCAAGAAAGACGUUGAGAGCAGUGAACUUUCACCAGUUUCUACACAAGAAGAGAUUCAUGAUGUUCAGGCAAAUGUAGCAUACAGGAAAUUAAAGGAAACUAACGAUGAGGCUGAUAUUUUAGGCAUAAGUUGGGCAUAUCAAUAUCGCAGUUUAAGCGAAACGCAAAAAAUAUUUGCCAAAAAAGCAAUAGAUGAUAUUUUAUUUGAAGCUCGCUUGGGCACCUUAAAACGGAACUCGAUUAAAAUUAAUUAAUGUAGUUGCUGGAAAAUAUGAGAGAGAACUUUGUACAUUAUUUAUGCCUGUAAAAUGAUGGAAAAAUUUAAAAAAUAAGAGUCUGACAUGAAAUUACGGUCAACCCGAUAAGAAAUUAAAAGAGGUCAAGUAUACUUAAAUGUUUCUUUUAUUAUAAAGGAAUUUAGCAAUUAAAACAAUUUUCUUAAUUUAAUUUUUUUUUAAUAAUUAACAAAAGAAAGACAGCUACAACUUUCAUAUACAUAUUUUACAGCUUUUUUCAAAUCUAUGUUGUACAAAGUUUGUAUGCUAGUAUAAAAAGUGAAUAUUUUAAUUUUCUCAUUGAUAAAAUAUGUAUUAGCAAUUUCUAAUAGUACUUUUUUCUGGUUAAGCACUGGUUUAGAGGAUUUUAACUUUGUAAUUUCCUAAUAGUUUGAAGAAUAAGUAAUAAAAUGAUAAAAGAAA